UCGAGUUCCUGCUCAUCGUCGUUAAAAAAAAAAAAACUCUACAAAAUAUUACAAUACCAUCAAAUCUAAAUGGAUUCCGUUCGCAAAGCCCAUAAACGGAUGCACAAUUAUCCAAUACUCUUAGGAAAAUGUGCUCAAAGUGCAACUGCAUAUGCGGCUUGUGUUUCACGUGAUUUAAAUAUAAAACAUCUUGCUUGUGAUAAAGAAUUUGAAUUAUUUAAAAAAUGUAUUCAGCAAGCAGCCAAAGAUAUGAAAACUAAAAUAUAAAAAAUUAAAUACAAAAUUAAACAAGAAAAACAAAACAGACAACAAAAAUGAAAAUCAAAGAACAUUUUAAUAAAAUAUCCAUCAACCAACAUUUGGUUGCUUCGAUUUUAAUUAGACUGGUACUAAUAGUCUAUGGCCAAAUACACGAUCAGCACUCGGAAGUGCCAUACACUGAUGUUGACUACAAAGUGGUAACAGAUGGUGCACGGCAUGUAUUAAACGGAGAAUCACCAUUUCGUCGACACACUUAUCGCUAUAGUCCUCUCUUGGCGAUGAUACAAAUUCCUGCUGUUUUGUUUCAUCAGUCAUUAGGGAAAUAUAUCUUCUCUCUCUUUGAUAUAUUCGUCGCUAUCUUAAUCUAUAAAAUAGUUUCCAACAAGCUUCGAUUGCAGUACAAAAAAGCUGUUCAAUCGGUUCUUAUGCAAUAUGGAAAGAAUUCCCAAUGGAAACAGUUGCCAGACAACCAUAAUCGACCUGUAGAAUUGGCAAAGUACUCGGUUCUAAUGUGGCUCUAUAAUCCUCUGACAAUGGUUAUCUCAACCCGAGGCAAUGGGGACUCAUUUUCCAGCUUUUUUGUCAUUCUAACAAUUUACUUCAUUACAAAGUCGGAAGAAAAGUCAAAUUUGAACUCAUUUCUUGCUGGCUUGUCACAUGGAAUAGCUAUUCACCUUCGACUCUAUCCGAUACUAUUUAGCUUGGCCUUAUAUCUUUGUUUGAAUGAAAAACUAAUUGUUAAUGUUGUGAUGUUUUUUAAGCAAAUUUUAAUGCCAAAUAUGCAACAGAUUCUGCUUGUAAUCGGUACUUUAGUCAGUUUGACUGCACUUACUGGAUUCUUCUAUCAUCUCUACGGAUGGAAUUACAUCUACGAAGCAUAUCUUUAUCAUUUCGUUCGCAAAGAUGCACGUCAUAAUUUCUCACUUUAUUUUCUAAUGCAAUAUCUAUCUGGCAAUGAGAAAGCUUCGCUGAUUGAAAAAAUUCUCAUAGUCCUUCCACAAUUAUUAUUAAUGCUAUAUCUAACCAUUAGUUUUGGUCAAUUUCGUCAAACUUUACCAUUUUGUAUCUUUGCGCAGACUUUCAUUGCGGUAACAUAUAAUUCUGUUGUGACAUCGCAAUAUUUCGUCUGGUAUUUGGCAUUAUUACCAAUUUGUUUGAAUAAUCUUCAAACAAUGCCAAUUAGAACGGCUACAAUGUACUUUGUUAUAUGGUUAUUAGGUCAAGGAUUAUGGUUGUUGCCAGCUUAUUUAUUGGAAUUCAAAACAUGGAAUACAUUCAAUUGGAUUGGUGGACAAGCGGUAUUCUUUUUUCUUAUAAAUAUUUUUUUAUUGACCAGGCUGAUCAAGUACUAUAGUUUUACAUCGUUUAAAAUUAAAUUUAAAAAAAUAUUUUAAUGAUUAUCUUUUUUUUUUGUAAAAUAUUAUUU